AUGGCGUACACCCCAGCUGCAGGGUGGGGCGACCUCCCGCUGGACCUCCUGGGCGGUGUCAUCGCGCGCCUGCCGUUCCCGGCCGACCGCGCUCGCUUCGCCGCUGUCUGCCGGGCAUGGCGCUCCGCCGUGCGGCAGCACGGCAGCCACCUCCCGUGGAUCGUGUUCCCGAGCUGCACGUUCUGUACCGCCGGCCACGGCGCAGCCUGCUUCUCCUUCCUCCAGAUCCCGGGACUCGCCGAUCGCGAGGAGGACGUGACCUGCCUUGGCGCCGCCCACGACUGCUGGCUCGCGCUCGACUGCACGGACGACAUCGUCCGGCGCACAACCCUUGAGGACAGUGGGUGCGAUCCGGACACGGGGGAGCCCCUCGUCUACCCCAGGCGCAACGUGAAGCACAAGCACACCUACCUCCUGCACAACCCCUUCAGCAACCUCACCGUGCCGCUCCCCGAGCUAGACGCCAUCGUCGGCCAUGUAGCCGAGACCUUCCACAUUCGUAAGGUGCUCAUGCGUUCGCCGGCUCCACAAGACGAUGUCAUCGCAGUCAUGACCACCAACUGCAACUACAACAUCAUAUUAUGCCGUCCAGGAAAGGGUACGUUUGUGCUACCCUACUACAGGAUCAUUGACGUCGUGUUCCUUGGAGACAUGCUUUAUGGGAUCACCUCAGGCGAAGAACUCCUCGCCUUUCACCUCGGCGAGGAUGAGGAUGGCCGGCCUAGUGUUACCAGGAUUGAACUAGUCAUCACAAACCCCUUGUCCAGGUAUUAUUACCAUGAAUUUCCAUGGUUCUGGCCUGAAGACGUUGAUAAGGGAGCUGGCGAAGAUGAACAUAAUAAUGAAGAGAAUGACAACAGCGGCGCCGAUGAGGGAUACCUCCAGGAGGAGGAUAGAAAUGAGGACGAAGAGUCAGAUGAUGAUGAUGAGCUAGCAGACCAAGCAUUGGAGGAUAUCUUCAAUGGCGAUGACGUGGUAUCGAACAAUUUGGCGCCUGAGGUAUAUGAAGAGGCAUUUGAAGCGUUUGACGAGGACGUGCCCUAUGAGCCCAAGGAUGAGAUGGUUAUCAGACGAUACCUUGUCAAGUCACGGAGCGAUGAGUUGCUCCUAGUAAGGCACCGUUAUCUAUCAUCCCCAUGUUCUGAUAGCUACACUCACAAUGUUGAAGUCUUGAAAGUGGAUCCCAACAAGGGCAAGUGGGCCGCAUCUAACGGGCUAGACAAAGGGGAGGCACUUUUCCUUAGUCAAUCGUACAACAAGUGCACUCUAGCGCGUGGAGACGUUCAGGAGGGCUUCGUGUAUUAUACAACACAUCUGGUGGACGACGCGUAUGACAUGACUUGUUGCACUACCCGUUAUUUUCCAAAAAAAAAUUUCUCCUUAUCCCCACCCAGCCCAACCCCGCACCUAACCCUAACGCACACACGCGCCCACCCUGCAAGCGCCGCCCGCGCGCCGCCGCCGCCGCCCGCACGCCGCCGAAGCUGCUCCCCGUGCCCCACCGGUGCCGACCAAAUCUGCCGCGCGCCGCCGACCCACACCGCCCCCGCCCCUGACCCGCCCCCGCCACUGACCCGCCCCUCCCCGGCCCUGUGCGCCACCGCCGCCUCGCCGCAUCUCGCACGGACGCCGAAGCCUAGGAGGAGGAGGAGGAGGGACCGGAAGACAAGAGGAGCAGAAGAGCAGACCGCCGCCUCGUCGCAUCCCCGCCCCUGGCCCGCCCCUCCCUCACUGUGCGUCUUCGUCUCCUCUUGCGGACUGCGGUGGCAGCCGCCGGCGAUCCCCGAUCGGCGACACUCAGGAAUAGUGUGGGGGCUAGAUAUUCGAGUAUUCUGUGAACCACUGAACGCUGCUAAAGUCAUUGCUGUUGGCCCUGGUGAUCGUGAUAGGGAUGGUAAGCUGAUCCCUGUAUCUCUAAGUGAAGGCGACACUAUUCUGCUUCCGGACUAUGGUGGAACAAAGGUGAAGCUUGCUGAAAGAGUAUGUUAACAUAUGCAUGUCAUUUUGACUUGGCACUAUAUUCUCUCUCCCCUCCCUUUUCUGUUGUUGUUGCUUUGUACACCUAAAUCAGAGAAUUCAAGAACAGAACACCUGGAUAUUUGUCAUUGACGGUCUUCUUGCCCGAAUUGUGGAUGUGUGGCCUUCGUGCCAUAUAUGUGAAA